ACGGCAACAGCUCAUUGGGGGGCACCUGUGCGAAGCAGGAGUAGCAGGGCGAGGGGGUGGGGUUCUUGCCAGCCACUCUCUGAGCCCGAAGGAAGGGGCACCUCCCAGCUGAGAUUCCAGUGCUCAGCAGAAUCUCUCACCGAACUGGGAAUACUGGUGGGGACAGACAUGUGCUGGACCAGCUAGAGGGCUGGGGUAGGUAAACAUUAGGUCCAAGCGUAGAGUGGCAGUGAAGCUGUGUCUGGGACCAUGACGGCCUCACACCUGGACUUUGGGGAAGUGGAAACUUUCCUGGACAGACACCCAGAGUUAUUUGAAGAUUACCUGAUGCGGAAGGGGAAGCAGGAGAUGGUGGAGAAGUGGCUGCAGAGACACAGUGAGAGUCAGGGGGCUGUAGGCCCGAGGCCCGCAGUGGCCAGCACCAACAGCUUGGCUCACAGCGGUGGCAGACGCAGCGGCAGUGUUGGUGGUGGCCCUGGACCAAAUAGCUCUGCCAACAGCCAGCCCACUCUGGGCGGCGGGGACUGUGGUGGGGUUCCCCUGAGUCCCAGCUGGGCCAGUGGCAGCGGGGGCGACGGGAGCCUGCAGCGGAGAGCUUCUCAGAAAGAGCUAAGGAAGAGUUUUGCUCGCUCCAAGGCCAUCCACGUGAACAGGACCUACGAUGAACAGGUGACCUCCCGGGCCCAGGAGCCCCUGAGCAGUGUGCGGCGGAGGGCACUUCUCCGGAAGGCCAGCUCCCUGCCCCCCACCACAGCCCACAUUCUCAGUGCCCUGCUGGAAUCCAGGGUGAAUCUGCCUCAGUACCCCCCUACGGCCAUGGACUACAAGUGCCACCUCAAAAAGCAUAAUGAGCGUCAGUUCUUCUUGGAACUGGUCAAGGAUAUCUCCAAUGACCUUGACCUUACCAGCCUGAGCUACAAGAUCCUCAUCUUUGUCUGCCUCAUGGUGGACGCUGACCGCUGCUCUCUCUUCCUGGUGGAAGGGGCAGCUGCUGGCAAGAAGAGCUUGGUCUCCAAAUUCUUUGAUGUGCAUGCAGGAACCCCACUGCUGCCCUGCAGCAGCACAGAGAACUCAAACGAAGUGCAGGUCCCCUGGGGCAAAGGCAUUAUUGGCUAUGUCGGGGAGCAUGGAGAAACGGUCAACAUUCCUGAUGCCUACCAGGAUCGAAGAUUCAAUGAUGAAAUUGAUAAACUAACUGGAUAUAAGACAAAAUCACUCUUGUGCAUGCCUAUCCGAAGCAGCGAUGGUGAGAUUAUUGGUGUGGCCCAGGCGAUAAAUAAGAUUCCUGAAGGUGCUCCAUUUACAGAAGAUGAUGAAAAAGUUAUGCAGAUGUAUCUUCCAUUUUGUGGAAUUGCCAUAUCUAAUGCUCAGCUAUUUGCUGCCUCAAGGAAAGAGUAUGAAAGAAGCAGGGCUUUGCUAGAGGUUGUUAAUGACCUAUUUGAAGAACAGACUGACCUGGAGAAAAUUGUCAAGAAAAUAAUGCAUCGGGCCCAAACUCUGUUGAAAUGUGAACGCUGUUCUGUUUUACUCCUGGAGGACAUUGAAUCACCAGUGGUGAAGUUUACCAAAUCCUUUGAACUGAUGUCCCCAAAGUGCAGCGCUGAUGCUGAGAACAGUUUCAAAGAGAGCAUGGAGAAAUCCUCAUAUUCCGACUGGCUUAUAAAUAACAGUGUUGCCGAGCUAGUGGCUUCCACAGGCCUCCCGGUGAACAUCAGCGAUGCCUACCAGGAUCCUCGCUUUGAUGCCGAGGCUGACCAGAUAUCUGGGUUUCAUAUAAGAUCUGUUCUCUGUGUCCCUAUUUGGAAUAGCAACCACCAAAUAAUUGGAGUGGCUCAGGUGUUAAAUAGACUUGAUGGGAAAGCUUUUGAUGACGCAGAUCAACGACUUUUUGAGGCUUUUGUCAUCUUCUGUGGCCUUGGCAUCAACAACACAAUUAUGUACGAUCAAGUGAAGAAGUCCUGGGCCAAACAGUCUGUGGCUCUUGAUGUGCUGUCAUACCAUGCAACAUGUUCAAAAGCUGAAGUUGACAAGUUUAAGGCAGCCAACAUCCCUCUGGUGUCAGAACUUGCCAUCGAUGACAUACAUUUUGAUGACUUUUCUCUUGAUGUUGACGCCAUGAUCACAGCUGCCCUGCGGAUGUUCAUGGAGCUGGGGAUGGUACAGAAAUUUAAAAUUGACUAUGAGACACUAUGUAGGUGGCUCUUGACAGUGAGGAAAAAUUAUCGAAUGGUUCUGUACCACAACUGGAGACACGCCUUCAAUGUGUGCCAGCUGAUGUUUGCAAUGUUAACAACCGCGGGGUUUCAAGAGAUUCUGACCGAGGUGGAAAUUUUAGCGGUGAUUGUGGGAUGCCUGUGUCAUGACCUCGACCACAGGGGAACCAACAAUGCCUUCCAAGCUAAGAGCGGCUCUGCCCUGGCCCAACUGUAUGGAACUUCUGCUACCCUGGAGCAUCACCAUUUUAACCAUGCUGUGAUGAUCCUUCAAAGUGAGGGUCACAACAUCUUUGCUAAUUUGUCCUCCAAGGAAUAUAGUGACCUUAUGCAGCUUUUGAAGCAGUCAAUAUUAGCAACAGACCUCACGCUGUACUUUGAGAGGAGAACUGAAUUCUUUGAACUUGUCAGUAAAGGAGAAUAUGAUUGGAACAUCAAAAACCAUCGUGAUAUAUUUCGAUCAAUGUUAAUGACAGCCUGUGACCUUGGAGCCGUGACCAAACCAUGGGAGAUCUCGAGACAGGUGGCUGAACUUGUAACCAGUGAGUUCUUUGAACAAGGAGAUCGGGAGAGAUCAGAACUCAAACUCACUCCUUCAGCUAUCUUUGACCGGAACCGGAAAGAUGAACUGCCUCGGUUACAAUUGGAGUGGAUUGAUAGCAUCUGUAUGCCUUUGUAUCAGGCGUUGGUGAAGGUCAACGUGAAACUGAAGCCCAUGCUGGACUCGGUGGCAGCGAACAGAAGUAAGUGGGAAGAGCUGCACCAGAAAAGGCUGCUGGUGCCGGCCGCCUCGCCCUCGUCUGCCAGCCUCGUGGCCGCUGGGGAAGACAGAAACUAACCCUCCAGCUUAGCUGCCGCUGCAAAAUGACUGCAUCCUGAAGGGCCAGCUUCGGGCCAGCCCACGUCAUCCUUUUGUUCCUUUAAGCUCUGGCAGAGUCUCUUGGUUUGCACCGGGAAGCACGCCUGGGCUUCCACCUUUAAGUGUGGUCCGCGGAGGAGAGUGCGACGGGAAGGACAGAGGAGGUGGGGAGGGAGCCCGGCCCGGGGCGCUCAGCUUCCCCUGACGAGCACACGAGCACACGUGGGACAGGUGCUGGGCAGAGGACCCCGCACCAGAGGACAGCCGGCCCUGCUCAUGCCGAGCCCAGUGGCCGACGGAGCCCAGAGCAGGGAACGCGCCAUUAGUGCUGCUUCACUUUGUAUCCAGCUCUUAUAUUUGUUACAAGCCAAGCAAUGCCUGCCUUUGCAUCCUCUCCUGAGUGCCCUUUUGUGCCACACUGUUCCAAGAAGCCAAGUUUGUAUCCUGUAGAGGUAUUUUAUUUUUGUCCUAAAGCUUCUUAAUGAUGGAUUAGAGCCUUUAGAAUUGCCUACCUAAAAAAUAAACCAUAGCAUCCUUACAAAUACUGGUCAGUCCUGGUUUUCCCCUAAAAAAGGCCCAUAGUAGGAAGAUAACAAAUGCGUUUGUGUGACUGGUAUUUAUACAAGAUUCAUAACACUGCAUUGGGAUUGCGGACCCCUUUUCCACUUUUUUAAAAUUCACCCUUUGUUGUAGACCAAGUCUUCUCCCAGAAGGAAUGGAUUAAUAGGCUUUAAUUAAAGGAGGGAUGAAAGGAAGUCCACAGCUGGAUUCACCACAAGUGACCCAUGAACACUUAGGAACUAUUUCCAACCGCGAAGACAUUUUACAGGCCACAGCAGAGCCGCGGAGAAUAAUCACAGACUGCCUUGAGUUCUCUUAGGGAUGAGUUUUUAUACACCAUUGAAAGUUCCUACUGAUACCAACCUAAAGCCAAAUGUGGUGGUUGCCAAUUUUUUUUUUUUUCCCUUAAGUAUAAGAAAGAAAUAACAGUCUGGCCAGGGGACAAAUAUGCUCUAGGAGGCUAGGUUUAUAAUAAUAAACUAUAUUAAAUCGAUGCAAUGACUAGAAAACUGCUUUGCUCCCCAUUUGACCUGAGAGAUUGAGGACAUGGUUUGACUUGUCCAAAGAAUGCUGGACUAGAAGCUAGACCUACGACUCUGGCUUUGGCACCAGUUAUUGGGUGACUUUGGACAAAACACCUAACUUGUCCCAGCCUGUUUCCUCAUUUGCUGAAUGAGAUUACAUUAGGAAGUGAUUUGCAAACAUGUUUAACCUUAGAACUCUUUGUUCAAAUAAAUCUUACAAGGAAUCUCCAAGAUAUAAAACAUCUAAGAGCUGAAAUUCUCUGAAGCCAGGUUGGGAGACCCAGAACCUGCAAAUUCUCCUCUUUGGUUACAGACAUGGUGGUCCGUAAAGGAGCUCCGAGGAGUUGGACAUCCCUGGACUAGAUGAACGGUGAAGUCCAUUCCAGUUCUGAAAAAUCUAAAGUUCACAAAUCAUUUUUGUUCUUAUGGUUACUAGUUAGUAUCAGUUAUUAACUUGCCUACUCAAAUAUUAAGGAAAUAGGGGACAAGUUACACAAGGAGUAUUGUUUCCCUGGCACAUAGUAGACAUUCCAAAAAUGUUCUAAGAAUGGGUAAAUGAAAGGGGUGCCUGGGUGGCUCAGUCGGUUGAGCAUCCGACUUCGGCUCAGGACAAUCUUACGGUUUGUGGGUUCGAGCCUCGCAUUGGGCUCUGUGCUGACAGCUCAGAGCCUGGAGCCCGCUUCGGAUUCUGUGUCUCCCCUCUCUCUGUGCCCCUCUCUCUGUCUCUCAAAAAUGAAUAAAGGUUUUUAAAAAAUGAAAAAAAAAAUGAAAAAAAAAAAAGAAUGGGCAAAGGAAGGUUCCAAAACCAAAGAGAGGGAAGAACAGGUAUCUAUCUGUAGGGAAGACAUAAGAUUUCAUGCGGCAAGAAACAAAGUCAAAGAAAAUUAUUAACCAGGCAAAGGUGGGGGGGGGGGGGGGGGAGAGGAAGAUGAGGAUGAGAAGCAAAAGACACCCAAAAAAGAAAAGACAGAGACUGAGGCAGAUGGUAAGAGAACUGCCAAAGGCCAGGUAAACAUUAGUCCAAACAAAGAAAAAUGGUGCUUCUAACCCCAAAAAGGAGGAUACAGAAUCCUGUCAUCAAUUGCUUAGAAAAGAGAGUUAUUUGAGCAGGGAGGGGUUUGACAAAAGAGAGGAGGAAGUGGGAACCUAAAAAUUCAUGUUCCUGGCCACCAUUUACAGCUGUCUCUGCAGUGAAGACUGGAGAAUCUAGAGGAAAAAAACGAGUGUAGGAAAAAGUGCCUUCACAGAGCAGGUAAGAGGAGGCUGCUCAGAUUUAUGGAUUUUAUUAAGCCAGUUUUCUGAAUCGCUCUGCUCUAAAGGAAAAUAGCUUCUGCCCGGCUGUCUCCCCUCCUUCAGGUGAGGAACAAAGAGGGAGUGGAGUUGGGGACAGACCUGGGUCCUGUGUCUCCAGCUCAGAAGCACUGCAGGUGUUUCCAGCUAUUAUGGCACACCAUGUUUAUAUCACAAACGGGAAUUGAAAAUCAGCCCAUGUGAGGCAGAGAUGAACCCACAUCUGUUAUCCUCCCCAACAAUAAAUAAAUAAAUAGCCCAGACAGACGGAUGCCAGUCUAUCUAGAGCAAAAUUUUAAAGCAUGUGCUUUAUGAUAAAACUAGACCCAGGGUCCGAUGGAGACUGCAGGCAGCUAUGAGCACCCGAGCCGCCCUGAACGUUGAUGCUACACAUUGCUAAGGGGAACAUAAUUUAUAGCACAAACCCUACGGCUUCCACUAAGGUUGAGCUUUCCUCUCAUUCUCUUGCCUUUUUAUUGGCUUCACUGCACGGUUGCCAAUAGCAACAUCCACUGGUAGCAAGGGGAGUUCAACACCAUUGCAAUCUGCCAUACACUGGAGCCCUGACAAUGUCAACCAUCAAUCAAGUAGCUGUUUGUAAUUGCCUCCAUCUAUUUUUCCUGUCUUAAGGUAUCUUUCCUAUUGUGGGUCAAAAUUCAGAAACUGCUGACUAAUGCCAUGGGUCCAUUCCUCGGAGACCAUGAAGCAGUGGAAAAGGACAGCAGCAUCCUCCCUGUGCAACCCCAGGGGUGAGAGGCUGAACACUUGGGCGUCUGAGAUAUUUUCAAGCCCUUUUCUAAAUAAGGCAUGAUUUUCCAAGACUGAGAGGUAUGUGUGAUUAUCUAUAUAUUUUGCUUUCCUACAAUAAAGAGACAUUUUCUCAGU